UCUUUACAAAUUGCCCUUCGAAGUUGUUAGAAAAGUUUGCCAAUGGUCCAUUUGAUAUUAAAAAUCAAACUUCACAACGAUGUACAAUAAGAACUUCACAACGAUGUACAAUAAGAUUUGAUGUUAAAAAACAAUAAUUCAAGGGGGACUCAUCUAUGGAAAUGUUAUUUUUGCACUCGUGAAUCCUAGUGCAGCAUAACAAGAGUGAAUGCACACAUUUUGCACAUUGUUGGUCAAGGGGUUGGGAAAUGCGGUCAGCUCUCACUAAAACAAGGAGCUAAGAUAAAGAAAUUAUACAAUGGUCACAUCUCCUCGAUUUUUGCUACUUGGCACCAGCAAUGACAUGUUUUUCUACAUUUCUGGUACCCUACAUCUACAAGUCCCCUUUUUGUGUCGUCAAGCAUAGGAGGAAAGAUAAGAGCACCUAUUACUACUUAUGUUUCAAUUAUUGUUCAAUCUUUGUUGGUUCAAUCUUUCAAUUAUUAAUUUUAAAGAAACUAAAAAAGAUAUGUUAAAAGUCUAUUAAUAAAUUUCACAUGUAGUAAUUGCGGUCCACUUUAUUCCAGUAGUUAGAAUUUUUGGAAUAUUGGUCAUUUUUGAGAUUAUUGGGGCAUCUUUAAGUAGGUACUGGUAACACUUUGCAAUGACUACUUUUUGACCCUUAAACGUAUAACGGAUCCUACAGCAUUUGUUAUUACUACCUAGAAGCCAGAACAAUAGCUAUAAGUAGUCACAUUCAGAGACAACCAAAAAAAUCGUAAGAAAUCCGAUAUAUCAUUUAAAAUCUGUGAAUGCACGAAAUUAGCUAUACAACUACUGAUAUGGUUCCUCCCCUAAUUAACUCCAAACCCAAAAAUGGAUACAUUCAAUGUACAAACCAACAAACAAUGAAGGAGAUGAUGCCAUUCACAAAUUCCUCAUUCUUUCUAUUUCAAGGAGGAAAUUUCCAAGAUUGUACGAACAGGGCCUGCUCUCUUAGAUAAAACUUUUACAUGAAAAAUGUACUAAUGGAGGAAAUGAAAAACACAUGGUCUCACUUGGGGUGCAACAUUAACGUGGAUGGAUGGGUAAAACUAUUCACAAGAGUCCUUGCAACUCAUCAGAAUGACACAGGAGUGUAAUUGAUGGGCUGAGUGGAAGACAAAGGAAGUGGUGAAGAGCACAAAGUCUAUAUCUAAAUCACAUCUUUGUUUUCACAAUGAUCAAAUAUGGGGUCUUAGUGUUGGAUACAUGAAUGCGUGGGUAGACAUGGAAAGUGGUUCUGGAUGGUACUCAGGCAUGCCUAACACUGUGGAUGAAAUAUAUGAAGAUUUCAAGCGCCGCAGAGAGGGUAUAAUAAAAGCUCUUACAGUAGAUUUUGAGGAGUUAUACCAGCAAUGUGACCCAGAGGACGAGAGUUUUAUGGGGCUUUAUGGACUUCCAGAUGAAUCAUGGAAAGUUGUUCCUGAAGAAGAGGGGUUUCCAAUGCUUCCAAAUCCUGUUUGGGGAAUCAAUAACAAGAGACUAGUUAUGUCAGAAAAGAAAUGGAAACAUUCUGUUGCUGAGGAUAGUCAUAUAUGGCUUCAUGCCAUUGCUCUUUUCCACUGUGCAAGAGUUGGACUGGAUGAAAAAGACAAGGGACUACUUCUCAGUAUGGUUGGAAGCUUUCAAGCAGUAGAAAAGGCUGUAAAAGAAGCUGCAGAACCAGCAGGAAAGCAAAUAAUUAUCAGGCAGCCAAGGAGAAAGAAGAGAUUUUCUAAUGCUCUGGUGAUGGACAGAGCAUCUCCUUAUCAAAGUGAAGAUGAAAGUGAUCAAGGCUAUCAACCACAUUGUCCAAUUUGUGGAGAAAAGGAUGGUAAUGAAAAAUGGAUCUUAUGUGAUAUUUGUGAAGAAUGGCUCCAUUGCAAAUCUGUAAAUAUUAGUUCACAAGAGGCUGAGGAUAUGGUAGAGUACACAUGCCCAUUCUGCUCCACCUAAAAUGUUACACAGUGGAAAAAAUCUCAUACAUGAUGACUACUGGUAUGGUUUCUUUUUUUUUUCAACCAAAACCUUCAGUUUUACAAGAUGAAAACUCUGAGGUUCAUGGGAUUCUCUUGAUGUUUUAGUGCAGAUCUCCUCAAUUGGGUUUCUUUAGUUUUUGAGGAAGGGUCAAAUAGGUUUCUGAUAAAACAUCAUUAUGCAGAUUAUCCCAUUGAGUACUAAAAUCAUAUUUUAAUAGUUGUUUAAAAUUGAAGCUAUUGCACAGACAUUGCAAAUUUCUUUGGUU